ACAUCGAGGCCGUCCUGCUCACCACCAUGUCGAAACAGUUCCAGUUCAAACUUGUGCUCUUAGGAGAGUCCGCGGUGGGCAAGUCAAGCUUGGUCUUGCGCUUUGUGAAGGAUCAGUUCGAUGACUACAGGGAGAGUACAAUUGGAGCUGCCUUCCUGACGCAGACAGUUACUCUCGAUGAUGGAACGUCCGUAAAGUUCGAAAUUUGGGAUACCGCCGGUCAAGAACGAUAUAAGUCAUUGGCUCCUAUGUACUAUCGCAAUGCAAACUGCGCCGUAGUUGUGUACGACAUCACCCAAACCGCAUCACUGGAGAAGGCGAAAUCAUGGAUACGAGAACUGCAACGUCAAGCCGACCCCUCCAUUGUAAUUGCACUUUGUGGCAACAAGGCAGAUCUUGCUGCCCGACGUCAAGUCACUCAGGAAGAAGCACAGAAGUACGCAGAAGAGGAAGGUCUUAUGUGGGGGGAGACUUCUGCUAAGACCGGUGAAGGUGUUGCGGAUAUCUUUACCGCUAUCGCGAAGAAACUCCCUUUGACUGCACCGCCAUCUGCCAGAGCUGGAGGGGCGAGAGCUGGUCCUGCCAAGACAGGGGUCGAUCUCAACAAGCAAGCGAACACUCAGGGCGGACAGAACGAGCCAUGCAAUUGCUGAGCGACGUUCCUCCGUUCUCAUUCCCUCUACACUCUCCAGUGCACCUUCUUUCUCCUCUGGCAUUCCCCUUCAUGGCAUUCUUUCGCAUUUUUAUGGCUUUCUCGGCACACCUUGUAGUCUAUUCUAGUCGUUAUUCUGUUCACUUGGACUUUCCUUCUUAUCACCACCUCACAUACGGAGCGAACUAUUCACGGCGUUGUUCGGAAAUGUUCAACGUUUCAACGUCUAGUUGUGAUUCUGAAUGUGUGAUUACAAUUAUCUAACGGAUACAGUUGAAGGAUAGAAAUACAGCAAGAUGAUCCCUUUCCUUUCCCUCGCCAGCGAUGAAAGGCAUCCAAAUCCCAAACCGGUUUGUGUGUAGA